UAUAUGGAACGGAGUUGAGGGUGUUAUGCGAUGUUGUGUCGCUUGCCUUCGCCGCGUGUUUUCUCAGUUUUUGCUCGACUGAUUGUGCUGUGGUCGCUGUUAACCUUACGGUGUUUAAAAUCGAGUAAAUCUACGGAGUUUUCUUGAAAUCGCCCUUCCUUAAUACGGCUUCGUGAUAUAGGGGUCUGUCGUUUGUACUAAAGACGAUUACGAUUCGUCGACUUGAUCGUGAUUGGAAAAAUCUACAUAAUAUUGUUGUUAAUGGAAUCGUGUUAACAGAUCUCUACAGGCAUUGGAUAUAAAGACAUACAAUACUUGGCUCGAACGAUUCCCAUUCGAAAGUCUUAGAAGAAGAAAUUUGAAAAUGUAUGGAGCAAAUCGUCACACGACACCACACACUCCGUCCGGUCAACCUUUUAAAUUCACUGUUACUGAGUCUUGUGAUCGCAUUAAAGAGGAAUUCAAUUUUUUACAAGCUCAAUACCACAGUUUGAAACUUGAGUGCGAAAAACUUGCCAACGAGAAGACAGAGAUGCAGCGACAUUAUGUUAUGUAUUAUGAAAUGUCUUAUGGACUGAACGUGGAAAUGCACAAACAGACCGAAAUAGCAAAACGACUGAACGCAAUUUGUGCUCAAAUCAUCCCAUUUUUAUCGCAAGAACACCAACAACAAGUCGCGGCUGCUGUCGAACGAGCCAAACAAGUUACAAUGACAGAACUAAAUGCUAUAAUAGGACAACAACAGUUACAUCAACAAGGCCUGCCUCAUAUACACCCUCCACCUAUAUCUUUACCUCACCCAGCUGCUCAUCCACCGCACCUGCCUCCAGGUGUUGGGAGCGUGAUCGAGUUGUCAGGAAUGGUACCGCCACAUCUUCCUAUGGUUCCUGGAAUCAAAGAUGAGAAAGAUCAUCCGCAUUCGAUGUCGCCCUUUGGACCUUCUUCAAGAGACAAAAUCCGACCGUCCGAGCAUUCUUCCCAUGAUAGUGAUGAUGGUAAAGGAUCGUCGUCAAACGCCAAACGCUCUCGUGAUCGUAAAGACUCAGAUAGGGAUCAUGAUAGCGAUGGUGAUAAAAGUGAUGCGGAACUGGUAGUCGAUGAAGAUGCAUCAUCUCCCCCCGGUUUACCUAAUGGCGACCGUGAAUCACCCGUACAUGAAAAGAAAGCGAAGAAAGAGGAAGGAAGUCCACACAGCAUAUCCUCUAGUUCAUCAACUCCCUCAGCGAAACAUAAAUUAUCAGAUAAGAAAGCAUCAUCUCAGUCGUCCUCGUCCCCUGGUCGGGUUGUCUCGUCAUCGUCCGUUAGAAGUGCCAUGUCAUCUGGACCAUACUCCAUGAUGAGUCAUCUGUCCAAUAAUGAUAUCGGAGGCAGCUCCUAUCCUAUGUUGCCCUCAUCAAUGUCCCCAGGAGGAAUCACUUAUAGAGCUGGAAUGAUUGCUUCUCCUAUGGACAGUUCAAGUCGUAUGACACAUUCGCCAGGUUUGCCAAGCUUAGCGAACGGAAAACCAACGUAUUCCUUUGAUGUAUCUAAUGGACAAACAAGGCCGAUGCCUUUUCCUCCAGAUGUUCUAAUGGAUCCAAGCAUACCGCGUCAUGCAAAACAAGUAAACACUUUGAAUCAUGGCGAGGUCGUAUGUGCCGUUACUAUAAGUCAUCCAACAAGACAUGUGUAUACUGGCGGGAAGGGCUGUGUAAAAGUUUGGGACAUUGACCAACCGGGAAAGUCGCCCAUAAAGAACUUAGAAUGUUUGCGUGAUAACUACAUCCGGUCUUGCAAACUAUUACCAGAUGGUCGAACGUUAAUUGUUGGUGGAGAGGCAAACACGCUUACGAUAUGGGACCUAACUUCGUCGACGAUAAAAAGUGAACUAACAUCGAACGCUCCGGCCUGUUAUGCUCUUGCAAUAAGUCCUGACUCAAAAGUUUGUUUUAGCUGCUGUAGUGAUGGUAAUAUAGCCGUUUGGGAUCUUCACAAUCAAACCUUAGUGAGACAGUUCCAAGGACAUACAGAUGGCGCUAGCUGUAUUGACAUAUCGCCUGAUGGAACUAAAUUAUGGACAGGUGGUCUCGACAAUACUGUACGAUCUUGGGAUCUUCGCGAGGGUAGGCAACUACAACAGCACGACUUUAGUUCGCAGAUUUUUUCACUUGGAUAUUGUCCCUCUGGCGAUUGGCUUGCUGUCGGUAUGGAGAACAGUUAUGUUGAAGUUUUACAUCAAACCAAGGCUGAUAAAUAUCAGCUUCAUUUACACGAAAGUUGUGUAUUGGCAUUAAAGUUUGCCUCGUCAGGAAAGUGGUUCAUUAGUACAGGAAAAGACAACAUUCUUAACGCGUGGAAAACGCCAAUCGGUGUCAGCAUAUUUCAGAGUAAAGAGUCGUCUUCUGUGCUAAGUUGUGACAUCUCAACUGACGACAAAUACAUAGUAACAGGUUCCGGUGACAAAAAAGCGACAUUGUAUGAAGUUAUGUACUGAUGGGGUUGAUCUGAGAUAACACGGUUCAUAGUGUUGUCAUGAUCCCAGAGUGACCACCACAAGAACCUAGAUGAUGUCACCACGGAUGAGAAUAGAAGAUGCGACAAAGACAUGAUUGAUGAAGUAUUGCGUUUAUGAGGAGAUAGAGCGCACUGCGAAAUUUCUUGCGCUAUGAAAUGUGACCCACCGACCAGCCUACGGUAGAUGUGUAGAUAUUUUUACCAUAAACGAUUCGCCUGGUUUAGAUUUUAAAUUUGUAUUUAUGUGUAAAAGAAGGUUAAGCGAGUCGAAAAUAUUUAUAUCGUUAGCUAAACACAAACGACAUUCUUACGAACUUUGUAAAUAUGGUAUGAGUCCAAUUUUAAAUUUUUACUUAUGA